UGUCGUCGUUGUAUCGGUGAAACCGAAUUUGUCAACUUUGUUAUUGAGGCUUUAAAAGUGUGAGUAGCAGAAUUGUCACUCUCGUUCGGGCAGCUAGUGCGCGAAAAUGUUUAGUUGGUUAAGUAAAGAUGAAGGGCGUCGAAGAGAGCCGGAACUUUAUAAUACAGUUGUGGAUGGCCUUAGAAAGAUUUAUAAAAAUAAAAUUCUUCCAUUAGAAGAACACUAUUUGUUUCACGAAUUCCAUUCGCCUCCUUUAGAUGAUCCCGAUUUUGAUGCGAAACCCAUGAUACUUCUUGUCGGCCAGUACUCAACUGGUAAAACAACUUUCAUUAAGUACUUACUGGAAAAAGAUUUUCCUGGUAUUCGAAUCGGUCCCGAACCUACAACCGAUCGUUUUAUAGCUGUAAUGCAUGGUACUCAAGAGACUGUCAUACCAGGAAAUGCCCUAGUUGUUGAUCCCAAAAAGCAAUUUCGCCCUCUUGCAAAAUUCGGGAAUGCCUUUUUAAACAGAUUACAAUGUUCUUUAGUAAAUUGUGAAGUUCUACAAAAUAUCACUAUCGUGGAUACUCCUGGUAUUUUGUCUGGAGAAAAACAGCGAGUUGACCGUGGGUAUGACUUCGCUGGAGUGCUGGAAUGGUUUGCCGAAAGAGUAGACAGAAUAAUUCUUCUUUUUGAUGCCCACAAAUUAGAUAUUUCUGAUGAAUUUAGAAGAAGUAUUGAAGCAUUAAGAGGUCACGAUGAUAAAAUUCGAAUUGUCUUAAAUAAGGCGGAUAUGAUUGACCAUCAGCAAUUGAUGCGAGUAUAUGGAGCGCUCAUGUGGUCUUUAGGGAAAGUUUUAAACACUCCAGAAGUUGCUCGAGUAUACCUAGGAUCGUUUUGGGACCAACCUUUGAGGUAUGAUUAUAAUAGAAAAUUAUUUGAAGCAGAGGAGCAGGAUUUAUUUCAAGAUUUGCAGAGUUUACCUCGUAACGCUGCUUUGAGAAAAUUAAAUGACUUAAUCAAAAGAGCUCGUUUGGCAAAGGUACACGCAUACAUCAUUAGCUCUCUGCGAAGCAACAUGCCCUCCAUGUUCGGCAAGGACAGCAAGAAAAAGGAACUCAUCAAGAAUCUGCGCAACAUCUACGAGGAGAUCCAAAGGGAGCACCACCUGCCCCCCGGCGAUUUCCCGGAUUUGCGCGAGAUGCAGGAGAAACUGAUGGACAUGGAUUUCACCAAGUUCCAGCCUCUCAAGCCCCGUCUCUUGGAGGCGGUCGACAAGAUGCUGGCGGAGGACAUCGCCCGACUCAUGGCCCAGAUCCCUCAGGAGCAGCACAUGCAAACCAAGGAGGAGUCGAGCGUGAAGGGAGGCGCCUUCGACGGAGUCCAGCAGAGUCCCUUCACGUACGGAAGGGGCGAGGGCGUGGACGCCGGAUCUAUGGACUCGGAAUGGAUUGUGGGCAGGGAACGCUACAAGUACGACGAGAUCUUCCAGAGCCUUAAUCCCGUCGACGGCAAGAUUUCUGGUGCCAGUGCCAAGAUGGAGAUGGUCAAGUCCAAACUUCCCAACUCUGUGCUCGGCAAGGUGUGGAAGUUGUCCGAUCUGGACAAGGACGGGAUGCUGGAUGCCGAUGAAUUCGCCCUGGCCAUGCAUUUGAUUAACAUAAAAUUACAAGGACACGAUUUGCCUAUAGAGUUGCCGGAGCACCUAGUUCCACCCUCCAAGAAGAUUUUUGUCCGCUAGGGCUCUUGGAUGGAUUUUACAGAGAUAAAGGAAAUGAUUAUAUAUUUUUAUUCAUUUUUGUGUUUCGUGCUCUUCAUGACUUUGCCUUCGGGAUGACACCCAAUAAAUAACUCACACAUUCACACACACAGAGGGGGGGGGGAUUUAGUUCCAGCAAUCAACACUUGUCUGACAAGGUGGAAAUGAUGAGAAGGCUUCAUUAUAAAUGUUUUGGAUGUUCAUAUUUGUUGAUUUUUUUUAUCGUAAUGAAUGUUCUUACAGGAAAUAAUGGCCAUUCCAAAAAAAAAAAAAAAAAUUAUCUUUGUUGUCAAUGUAUUUGAUACUUUCCAUGAAUCAUUGGUUAUAUAUAAAUUCCUGUUUGAAAUGUAAUGCGAUACUCUACAGAAUCCUCGAAAAAGAUACGGACGUAUUUCAAAAAAGUCAUAUCAGUCGACGUUUUCUUUCGAUGUAAUGUUCAGAUAUUAAUGAUCACCCAGAAGAUCUCCGUUGCUUUUUUUAGUUUGAAGAGUUUUUUAUAUUCAUAUUUCUCAUUAAAAAAAUACUACUUCGAUUAUUAUUUUGUAUUUACCAAAGUUGGAUCGGUGCAAUAAUUACAUCAACAAGUUUGGUUAACGUCUUUUACAGUGCAACUUUUAUUUUUCCACUGUAUAUCAUCUGAAUGUCAAUGAAUUAUAUUUAUAAAAAAUAGCUUUAAAAAAAACUAGGUAAAUUGUUUUUAUUUUCUCAGUUACGUCUAGGUGGUGAAUUUUUAAAAUGUCUCCACCUUUUUCAAUUAGCCUAAAUUUCUGCUAAGAUUAUUUUUCUGAUUGUAUUUUAAUUUUUUAACAGAAUUAUAAAUUCGAUGCAUUUUUAUAACAAACUGUCACCAAAAAAUGUCAAAUAGCAUUUUCCAUAUUUUAAAAUUUUUUAAUUAAUUAAAAUAAAUUUUAAGAACUUCAUCUCAGUAUUUUUCUUCUCGGUGUUCUGAUUCCAUUUAAAUUCAAGAUUUUGCUUAAGUCUCACAAAAAAAAAUUUACAGAAAUUAUUUUUUGUACUUUUUAUUUAAAAAAAAACCAUUCAUCUAGCAGUUGUAAGCAGCGAUGUUUAUGUGCUAACUUCAAAGACAGAUAUCAUUUAAAUUGUAUUUUUCUUUGAGACUCUUAGUUUUAAAUUACGAAGCAAAGGCUUUUCAUUAAGGUUGCUGAACAUUUGCAAUCAUUACGUUUAGCACUGUGUGAUCGCAAUACAUUUUUGCUGUAAGCUUCUGCAUACAUUUUUAAUUGAAAUUCGAUGCAAAUUUACUCUCUACUCUUGUUAGAAGGGAUUCAAAUAGUUCUUAAUUUUCGGAUCGUUCAGUUUUGUACUUAGUCUAAUGUACUUUAAAGUUUCAAUCCCUUUUUUGUACUUAUUAUUCAUUUAUUGUAACCUGUUUUACUAAUUUAGAAUUGAUAUAAGGAAAAACACAGUUUUCAUAUUCCGUAUUUCAUUCCACUUUAUGUUAGAGGACCGUUGUAUUUCGUAUUCAGAAGUUUGUUUGAAGAGAAGACAGUUUGGCGCAGCUUAGUCAAUACCAUGGCUCUUGUGCCAAUAAAAUCCAAAAAAAUCCAAAAUCGUAUUCAGAAGAGUAUUAGCAUAUCAACUGCCAACGUAUGUUUAAACAUCAAAUACCCUUCACAUAUUUUGCAUUUCCUUGUUUUAUGUUUUGCAGAUCACAUUUUAUACGUUAUUUCUUCUAAUUUGACCGUAUGACUUCCUGCUAUGUGUAUCAUUCAAUAGCAAACGUUUUAAUUAUUUUUAAAAAUGGUAAUUAUCUGCACAUAUAUCAACUAGGAUUAGCAUAUUAUUCUUUAAUCUGCCUUCUAAUUAUAUUUAAAAUUUUAUUCGCAUGUGCUGUUUUAUAUUUUGAAAAUUUAUAUAUCGUAAGAUGUGUCUAGAUUUUUUUUGAAAGAAAAGGUUUAUGCAGUAUGAUCGUUUGAUAGCUGGCAUUUGAAAUGGCUGAUUUACCAGCAAACCUUUUAAAUGUUUAUUUUUUAAAAAUGGAAGUACUAGUACAUUAAUUUUUCUUUGUACAAAGUGUCCGAGAGAUUCCCUAUAUAUGACAUUUUGUAGAAGCAAGAAUUCACUUGUAGUGUAUAAUAUUUAUGAUUUUUUUUUCUGUGUAUGUUCCACUUAUUGAAUGAGCUUACUCUUGUACAUUGAACCCAACAGUGCAGUGUUGAAAGAAAUUAUAAUUUUGUUAUUGUUCUGACAGAGUUUGGUGCACUCAAGCUUUUUCUCCCUUUUGGUAUUCGAAUAGUUUAAUAAAUUGUUAUUUAAUUAUCU